GUUUUUGAUCGCCUUUUGAAAUCAACGGAAAACGAGCUGUGAUGUCAGUAUUUUGUGAUGGAACAGUCCAUACCAGUUUCUGAAGUUAGCUCAGAGACAGUGACUGGUCCAAUCCCACCAAAUGAAACAUUCCAAAAUAUCGAACAGCAAUAUCAGGAACAGUGGCAUUUACUGGAAAACUUGCAAUCUGAGUUAGGAUCAGAAGGACACUCUGAAAGCUGGCAAGACUCUGUAACAUCUUUGAACAGCAGCGCAACUUCAAAUGCUAAUAAAGAAGAUGCUGAACCAGCUGUUUAUCAACAAGAAAAGGAAGGCAGCGAAGAGUGGUUUAUUCUGGGUGAGGACCCAGGUGGUGCUGAGGUGGAGAACACCUCUGAUGAUAACAAUGUUGCAAGAAAGGAAAGUGUUUCUGAUACUAAAGAGGAGCAAGAAGAGGAAACUGCAAAACAGUUGUCCCCUUAUGCAGAGCAGUGGUUUGAAUUAGAGCAACUCAAGCAAAGUGUUCGAUCUUUGAGUCAAGUGGCAGGUUUACCGCAGUCACCCCAGCUCAGUGAAACCUUAGGGAGUGGUUUAAGCAGUGGUUCACUGAGUGUUGAAACGCUCGAAGAAGUCGGACUUGAGGAUGAAGAUGCUGUGCUGAAGGAAGGAGCAACUGAGCAGAGAGCAGCUCCAGAGGUGGAAGGUGAAGAGGAUCAAGUGGAGGAUGCUUUGCAUGAUAGUGGCGCCUCCUUCAGUGUUGAUGGGUCUGGUGUUGAAGACAAUGAAUUAAGAAGUCAGUGGUUCCCACUGAGGCCAAGCGCCGUAGGGGAGGAUGACGAAGAAACUAAUCAAGUAUCCUACACUACUACUACUACUACAAGUACAGCUGUUCAGCCAUCAAGCGGCGAACCACCUCAGAAUGUUCUAUCUGCUUGGUCUGAUGAUGAUACAAAGCAGUCACCUCCAGAGAGAUCACAACCAGAUGGAAGAGAUGGGCCAGAUCCUAAGAAAACUCCAUGGGUCAGAAGCACAUUUACAAGUACACAACAGACAGUUACCCCUCCCAUCCUGAAUCAACCUGUGACCAGUGGCACAGCUGAGAGGAAAGACAGUGGCAGUGAUACAUCUGUGCUUUCACAGCCACAGAAUGGCAAUGCCACACCACUGGAAAUUAUCACAAGGAGUGUCCCCCCUGCUCCAAGAGGUGUAGCCUUGGUUAGUGAAUUGAGGCGAAGACACGCCCCUCAGCUGAACAGCGACAGUGAUACCGAGAGCCCAGUGUCAAAGCUGCUAGGUCCAAACUUCCGUGCGGUUCAGCAAGUGUUGGACAGACUCAAGCAAGACAAGCUCUCUGGAGGUGUGAGCGAUGAAGCAGAAGAGUCACUGUCUGAACAGCAGUCUUUGAGAGAGGAGAGCUUGCAUUCAGAGGUGAGUACUGCUUCAACAACUCAUUCAGCGGGGAGUACUGCUUCAACAACUCAGGGUACAGAGAGAAAUUCUGGACUUGGAACAGGAAUUAAAACAACGAAACCCACACCUGAUGAUGCAGCCACAAGUCUCGAGUUACGUUCUUUAAGAUCAUAUGAAGGGGCAAUCUCGUCACACUCUGAGAUACGACAACAUGAUAGACAGUUAAUGGAUGAAGCUCGCCGAAGCUCGUCUUCAAGUGCAAACGACACCUUCAAGAGGUCUUCGGAGACUGGACGUGUAUCGAGCUGGACAAAUGCCAAGCUAUCCCAACGUGAUGCAAAUAGAGUAAAUCCUGCUGAUGCUUUCCUAAACUCAAUCGAACCACCUGCCAUGAAUACCACAGAAGACCGCAGCUCAAUCGACAAUAGUAUCACAAACGCAAGGAGUUCGGGUCAAGAUGUUCGUUCGUUCUUAGGAAAUGGCAGCGUGACGUCUUAUCAUGGCUCUGCUCAUAUUAUUUCUCAACCUCAGUCAUCAAGCAGAUAUCCCACUGAGCUUCGUCCCCGUAGCUCAAUAGAGAACAGUCUCCGGAGCUCACAGAUUGCAUGGGGAGAUCGUUCAGUUCCAAUUAAAGAUACGAAGGAACUUCCUUAUCGUAGAGACAUAUCUGAUCAUGUAGCGCUUCCGUUAAGAGCACAAGCAGCUAGAGAAAGUUUACACGAGAUAAAUCCUCACAGUUCCACAGGGGGAAGCUAUCACAAUCUGAGAACAGCUUGGCCGGAACCCGCAAUACCAAUGGGUCCUACAAACAGAGAGCUGUUAAUUGGUAAUGCUUCUGAAGAGAUGUCCGGUGUUAUUCCAGGAGACAACUUAGAAUUCCCAAGUCACCUAAGCUCUGGUCCUUUAGAUGGUGCAAACGCCUUUGAGGCUAUAGUUUCCAGUGAAAAAGAGAGAGCGGAAGAUUUGAACAGAGCGGAAGAAAACCACGGGAGAAAUCUGGAGCAAAGACGAGCUAGUGAUUUAAGCGUAUCAUCAGAUGAUACAGACGAUCUCUUGACGUAUGAACCGGUACUAGAAGGUGAUCGUCAAUAUUUGCAAAUGCAAAAGCGAACCAAACAUCCUCAACAGCGAGUUGAUGCAAUUGAGCAAAGGGAAAGUUGGUUAUCUGCGAGACCAUCUGAAUUUUCCAAACAGAUACCCGGCUGGGAACCACCUCCUCCUUCAAUGGAAGCACCGAAGAGCAUCCAAAGCUUCCCUGUAGACCAGGAUGACAGUCAGAUUAAGGCUUUACACUGGUCUUUAGGCGCUGGUACUAUUUCUCCCAUAUCAUACGAUAGCGUAGCUCAGACCGAUUCUCAAGAAGAAAAAUCGUCAACACCAUUGGGUCCAGCUCUAGAGCGUUCAAGUGUCCAUGGGGUUGGCGACCUCCAAGGGCAGAGUCUCCAAGAAAAGGAAAGCACAGUAUAUAGUGAGGAUCGAGAUGCAGCUUCGAAGAAACAACCUCGAAGUUAUUCCACUACAGAAAUUUCCUCUUCAGAUGAGAUGUACAGACCAGUGUUAUACAGGGAUGUUGCAGCAGAUGAAGAAAACCGCCCAGACGAGAGUGCGGUUGAAGCUUCACCGUAUGGCAUUUACGACAUACGAAGGUCCUCAGGCCCUGGUAGUACAAACAGACGUAGGAAGGCCUUGGGUCUUCAACCCAACCCAACAAGGGACAGCGUCAGUCAGAGGGGGACUGGCAUGGUGUAUAUAUCAGGAAGCUCUACGCCAAGCAGUGUGCGUGGUGGGAGAGAAAGGUUUGCGAGGAGAGAAGAAACCCCCCCUGGAAGACGUUCCUCUUAUGGCGAGCAACGUCCAGACAAACAAGACUAUGACGAGAGGUUCGAUAGGAAUGUAGAACUAAAGAAACCGCUUAAAACGAAAUAUCAUGAAGUGGAAAAACAGGCUCGAAGGAGCAAAAAAGAUCGAGAGAUGACGGCGAUACGAGAUUAUCAAGAUACACGCUCAAAGCAAGGCUUGGUUCGCGUGAAGAGUACAGCCGGCCAUCCACUUCGACACCAGUUGAGCAAUAGUUCUGGUAAAGACUCCACUAUCAGUGGCGAUUCUCCAGAGGACGAAAGAGGACCAUCGCGUCAUACUUCAGGCAGGUCACGGCAGCCACCUUCACAAUAUAUGGACACACCUCAUCCAAGUGCUUCAAGUCAUUCUCCAGGUCAUGGCAAGAGAUCUACCAGAGCUGGAAAAUCGAGGACGAGAUACGCUGAAGAUGAUCGUGCAAUUUCGACUCAUCUGUCUAGGGCAGAGACAUCUGGAAACAGAAAAGACGAUUCAUGGGUACCUGAUGCCAAGGGUGGCCACGAUAAAAGCUAUUCUCGUGCCUCAAAAUCCUCGAGAAUAGAUGCUAACAUUUCAAGGCUAACGUCGUUGAUAACGAAGUCAUUAGAGGAGAGUAUUUCCUCUUCAUCUCUUGCGUCAACCACGACGUCUUCAAGACGACCAACUUCAAAAAGUAAAAAGGCAAAGCUGGCCUCUUCAACCAGUGAAUCGUCUGACGUUUCCGAAUAUUUCAACUAUGCUUUCUUUGAACCUCGACUCCGCACCUCCAUUGGACAGAAAAUAAAACUGAGAGAGUUACUCAGGUCUGUGAAGUCACAUGACCUUUCCCCCAUAGUCAGGAGAACUGGAGAUAGCACCUCUCCCGAGUCUACUUCCGGAUUGUCCAGCAACGACGGGGUGAGUGCGGAAAAGGAGCCUGUGCCUGAAGUGACCGAGCCUCUACGGUCACAGGCCUUACAAAAACCUAAUGGAAUGUACCCUUCCCAGCAGACAACGACUGGUCCAAGAUGUACUUGCGCGCGCGCCCCAACAGCUGUCGCACGAGCAGCAUCAUCAGGGGUGUUCCGUAGGGAAGCUAAUGGAAGAAAGAUUGAAAAGCGGGAUGUUGGUGUGAACUUUCCCACUCCAGCUGUUACAAGGUAUCCAUCGCCCGUAGAAGAGGAGGUGUCGCGUGUACAGCUGGAAGAUGCCAGCACUCAGACUGACGAAGUUGUUGGUGGACGAAAAGUUGAUAGGGAACCUGUAAAAUCACCGCGUAAGUCAAUGAAGAGCAAAAGAAAUGAACAGGUUUCAAAUAUUGAAGAACGCGGGGUGAUCUCUCAGCCCUCGCCUAAAAAGUCAGAUCUCUAUCACCAUAUGGAACAGCGAGAAACUCGACAUAAACCUAAAGAACGUUUGGUACCGAGUCAAAAUUCACCGGAUCAUAGUGUUACAACAAGCACUGACUUGAGAAACAGGGUACAUGAGCCCGCGUGGUUUUAUCCCUUGAAGGGAAAACCGCAACCCGAACCAAGAACCACCGCGCAGAUAAGCAGUAGCCUGAGUAAAAGUCGCACAAGAGAUGAAUUACGAGCAGACGUGUUUGAAGCCUCAGUCAAUCCUUCCAGCACACUACAGCAGCUGAGUCUUCAAGACGCGUUCCUCUAUGCCAGGCCUAAAUUUGUGAAGCGUUCGAAGGACAGAGUUGCUCAAAUUGAGCAAGCUGCACGAGAGAAAGAAAGACGAAGGAUGCUAACUCAGACUGUGGAUGAAGAAAAAAAGAGAGAAGAGGCUGAGAUACGCAAAACAAGAACUCCGCCUGCUCUUCAGAAAACCAAGCCUCGUUCUUCACGGAACGACCACUAUUCUGGACCAAAACCAAGGCAGAUGACUCGGGUGGAGAUAAAAGAAUUAAAUAAAAGGCUUUACAAGAAUUUACCAGAGGUCAAAGCAAAGAAUGAACAGCAGAAACGCUUAGCUUUUUAUCGAACAAACAGAUUACGUGCCCAACUUUAUGACAAAAGAGUACGCAACCGUCUCAAAGGAGCUGGCAAAUGACUUUCAACAUCCGGAAGAAUGUAUUCUUUUAUUCCUGAACAACAUGGUUGGCCUUCCUAUGUUACAACUGAACAUUCUUAAUGACAUAAAAUGAGAUUGAUACCAAUUUAAAUUGACAUCCAUGCAUCAAGCCAAUCAUAAAGUUCAGCUUCUGCACUUACUCUGUCACACCUUGUGACGAUAAAUUUCUAUUUAUGAAUUUUACAAGAAAAAAUACUGAAUCAAUAUCCCAAUAUUUAAGGUGCUUUUUCUCUCAGUGAGUUUUACUUUUCAGUGGAGUUCCCAUUUUAAGGUUAAAAUAAUAUAAUAAAAGACAUAUUAAAGGAAUAAAGAUAUAUGGUACAGUU